AUGGGGGGCAGCCGGUGGGUGGAUGGCACUCGCUGCUUUAGUACCCCUGGACUGACCCGGUAUCAGCACGAACCCGAUCCCACCGGCACCGACCCGAUCCCACCGGCACCGACCCGAUCCCGGCACCAGCCCGAUCCCACCGGCACCGACCCGAUCCCAGCACCAGCCCGAUCCCCGUGGCACCAGCCCGAUCCCUGUGGCACCGACCCGAUCCCACCGGCACUGGCCCGAUCCCAGCACCAGCCCGAUCCCCGUGGCACCAGCCCGAUCCCUGUGGCACCGACCCGAUCCCAGCACCAGCCCGAUCCCCGUGGCACCAGCCCGAUCCCUGUGGCACCGACCCGAUCCCACCGGCACUGGCCCGAUCCCAGCACCGGCCCGAUCCCUGUGGCACCAACCCGAUCCCGGCGGCAGCCCGAUCCCUGUGGCACCGACCCGAUCCCACCGAGACCGACCCGAUCCCGGCACCAGCCCGAUCCCUGUUGCACCGACCUGAUCCCACCAGCACCGACCCGAUCCCGGCACCAGCCCAAUCCCUGUGGCACCGACCCAAUCCCACCGGCACUGGCCCGAUCCCGGCACCGGCCCGAUCCCCGUGGCACCAGCCUGAUCCCUGUGGCACCGACCCGAUCCCACCGGCACCGACCCAAUCCCAGCAUCAGCCCAAUCCCUGUGGCACCAGCCUGA